GGCGCGGCGUUGUUGCGGCCCACUUUUGACGCGGCCCAGAGCGAGCGGCGUCUCGGAGCCCGGCCCCCUUUGAUCCGCCUCCUUGUGCUCCCUGACCUAUGCGCUCAACAGCGGAUCACGGUGGGGAGGAGUUAACAUGCGAGCCUCCGCUCCGGGCUCGCGGGAGAGGCUGUGCCGGGAGCCGCAGUCCUCGUGUGCCGCUGCCCCUGAGAUAGGGGGGCGUGUGCGCUUGCAAGGCAAGGCGGCGAAAGUUUAAGGCGUGAGGAGCGGCAGGGGCGAAGAUGGCCCUUCUCGGGAGGCUGGGGGGCCGCCCUGCCGCCGUCGCCGCCCCCUCCUCCUCUCCUUGAUCCUCAGCUGUGGCGCUGUGCGCUGCCUUCGUCGCCAUGUAGGAAGCGUUGCAGGGGCUACAGGGAAGGUUCAGAGGAGGCAUGGAGCAGCCUGCGCUCUGAGCACGCCACGCGCGCACGCCCAGCCCUUCUCCUGCGCAGCAGCGUGGCAGGGAGGAAAAGGAGCCGGGGAUCGGGCCCAGCACCCUCCUCUCGAUCCUGGAGGCUCUGCGCCGCCUCUGCCCGAGCCGGACGGAUUACAGGUCUUCAACCUGCCUGGCCGAAGGAUGUCUAGCGGCCUGGGUUUGAUUCCUUUUGGAGCCGGCUGAGAGACAUCGGGGGGCCACGCCUUUUGACUGGGGGUGACCUCGAGCUUGUUCUUUGCCCUGCUCCCGGUGGCUUUUAAAAUAGAUCUGCCCGGAUCGAUCUAAUUAUUUGAAAAUGUACACGUUCGUGGUGCGGGAUGAAAACAGCAGCAUCUAUGCUGAAGUGUCCAAAAUCCUCCUAUCCACGGGACAAUGGAAGAGGUUGAAAAGAGACAACCCUCGGUUUAAUCUCAUGCUAGGCGAGAGAAACAGGUUGCCUUUCGGGAGACUGGGUCAUGAACCUGGACUUGUACAGCUGGUGAACUACUACCGAGGAGCUGAUAAACUUUGUCGCAAAGCAUCUUUAGUGAAAUUAAUCAAGACAAGUCCUGAGUUGGCAGAAUCUUGCACAUGGUUCCCAGAAUCCUAUGUGAUUUAUCCAACUAAUCUAAAGACUCCGGUAGCUCCUGCACAGAAUGGGAUUCAUCAUUUGAUAAACACAAGAACAGAUGAAAGAGAAGUCUUUCUGGCAUCCUACCAGAAGAGGAAAGAGAGCAGCGAGGGAAACGUUUGGAUUGCCAAAUCUUCGGCAGGCGCCAAAGGAGAAGGGAUUCUUAUUUCUUCAGAGGCUACUGAACUUCUGGACUUUAUAGAUAAUCAAGGACAAGUGCAUGUGAUUCAGAAAUACCUUGAAAAGCCUAUGCUCUUAGAACCAGGUCAUCGCAAAUUUGAUAUUAGAAGCUGGGUACUAGUGGAUCACCAGUAUAAUAUCUACCUCUACAGAGAAGGCGUUCUACGGACCUCUUCGGAACCUUACAAUAGUGCUAACUUCCUAGACAAAACCUGCCAUUUGACCAAUCACUGCAUACAGAAGGAGUACUCUAAAAACUAUGGGAGAUAUGAAGAAGGGAAUGAGAUGUUUUUUGAGGACUUUAAUCAGUAUCUGAUGAGCGCUUUAAACACUACUCUGGAAAACACAAUCUUAUUUCAAGUCAAAAAUAUAGUAAGAAGCUGCCUUAUGUGUAUAGAGCCUGCUAUCAGCACCAAACACCUUCACUACCAGAGUUUCCAGCUCUUUGGAUUUGACUUCAUGGUGGACGAGGAUUUGAAGGUCUGGCUGAUUGAAGUGAAUGGUGCUCCUGCUUGUGCCCAGAAACUUUAUGCAGAGCUUUGUCAAGGUAUAGUGGAUGUAGCCAUCUCUAGCGUCUUUCCCCUUAAUGACACCAUGCAAAAGCAGAGCCAGCAACCAAUAUUUAUUAAAUUGUGUUAAUUAAAAAGAGAGAAUGGCCACCUCUUGAUUCUAGGGAUAAAGCGGAAACGUGGAUUGAUCAUUUCACCUGCACAUCAUGCCAAAAACCGACGACAUCUUUGGUUUUCAGAAGGAGAGGAAUGCUUCCAGGAAAAUAAAAGUUGAACCAAAAUUGUUUCUUCAACUCUGUGUUUUGGAAAGCGUUUGUUUUAGACAAAAAUCCUGAACUGAAGCAAAUCUCUCUGGGAGAACAGCAAAGCCUUUUUUAUAUAUACAAACAAAACCAGGGAUAUAAUAAUUAUUGAAAAACUGUACCCUGUAAACAUGUCCUUUGCCCUUUUUCUCCUGCAGUAAUAAAUCUUUUGAGCAAACAGUAGUACCAAUGACCUCCCAGGGACGUCAUAGCUUGGAGGUUUUGUCUCUUCAGUGUGUCUGGUUUUUCUUUCCUUCACUUGCUGCAGUUCUAGUGCCUUAGCUUUGUUCCCAUAACUAACUCAUUUUGUUCUGGCUUUGAUCUGUAGAAGUUUUUCCAAAAAGCUAUCUUGUUUGUGGGGUAUAAAUUUGUUUCUUGAAAAGUUAUUUUUUUAAAAAUGUAUUCAUUUCAAUGUCCGCGUUCCUUGUUUUUCAAAUUUGUACAGUACUAAAUGUGGAAGAUGAACCUGAAGAAUGAAGAACUGCUAUCCUUUCCCCCCCUCUAAUAUAGGACAGCACAAUUUAUGACCCAACAGUCAAACACAGCUUAUUAGACAUGUUUUGCAGCCUGUCCAGUGUUUGACAGGUCCCCUGUUUCUGCAGUUCUUGUGAGGCACCUUAGAACAAAAUAUUUAUUGAAUCCCUGGUGGGUAUACUGCAUUUGGCUUGGUUGAUCAUAGUUUGAUGCAGUUUCGAUCCAUUAUUCCUCUGUAUCUGUUAUUGCUGAAAAUGGUAGGAAAAAGCAUUGAACCCUUGCCAUAUUUAUCCCAGUGCUGAGGACUGCAUAUUACUUCCUUGUUCAAAAAGUUCCCUUCAUUUGGACUCCAAAGCUUUGUGUGUCCUUAGUUUUAGAUCUCCUUUCAUCAUUUUUUGUUUAAUUUUUCUUGAUUUAUAUGCCUCACAUUACUUGGCGGGGCGGGGGGGAAUCCUUAACUGGUAGGGAGCAUUGCCAAUUUCUAUUGUCACUUUAAAAAAUUUUUUUAUUAUUUUGUAUUUGUCUUCACUUAUUCUGGUGUUCCUGAGGUUCCAGAUUACCGAGUAGUGUUUCUGACUGUGUUGCCCUGGCAGCUCUGCUUGCCUGGCCUGCAACUACAGUUAACUGCAGGGUUGUCCCUCGCUUCCCCUGACUUGUCUCCCCACUGUGGCCCAAACUUCGGCAGCCAUAGAGGGUGAGCCCGGGUGCGGAUCCUGACAGUAAGCAUAAUUUUGCUCAGUUUGGAUGUAAUGGUAAGCUAUAGCUAUAGCAAACCUGGAUGGGAGGAAAUAGACACAUGUGAGGGGGAUAGGGAGUGAAUAAGCCUGUUCACUAGGCGGAAUUAUGGUUUGGCUGUGACCUCUGAACUAGGCUUGAGUUCCUUUGCUUUUGCUUAGUUGGUACUGCAGUACAGCAGUAUGUAUUUGCGGCUCAAACUAGGAAUAAUCUUUCUCUUGAUCUUUAAACUGAGAUCUUGCAAGGUUGUUUGGAAAACAAUGUGAGUUUUUCAUAUUUGCAGGUUUGGAGUUGGACAGCUUCCCUAUCAGCUUUCUGAAACACUUUAGGGUUUGUUUGUUUUUUAAUUGUAGCAACUAUUGGGAUCCACAGAACAUCCCCAUAAAUAAUGUAUAUUAUUCCAUUUAUGGUACAAAGAAGUUGGCAAUGUUCCCUUUACAAAGAGAGAGAGAUCUAUAUUUAAUCAUACACAUGUGUGUAAGUGGGUCUGAUGUUGCAUAAUAGAACUUUUAAAAAAUGGGAAUGUUUGUCUCUUAGGUUCCUAAGAGGUAGACUGAAGAAACUAGCUUUCGUGUGCAACCUGGAGAAUUUUCAGUAGGAGAAGAGGCACAGACUUGAAUCUUGUAACCUGAUCUGCUACAUACAUACUUAGAAAUAAGUUAUGUUGAUUUCAGUUGUUUCAUGUACAGGUGCUUAGGAUCACAACCUUAGGUUUAAUUUUCAAGCAGUCACAAUAAGCUUUGCAAACAUUUGGUCUUAUGAACAUAAAAGAACCGGUAGGCAUUCUUUGAACUACUGUGCAUUGUUAUUAAGGUGGCCAUUUCUAAAUACAUUGCAUGUUGCAUGCUAAAAUAUUUAAGUUCAAAAGAGUUUGGGUUAUUAAGCCUUUAAAUGAUGUGAGAACAGCUUAUAAGUGGAAGCAAAAUUUACCAACUUGAAUGGAGGACCUUUUUAUUUGGAGUUUACAAACUGUAAUGUUAUGGCACCGAGAAAGCCCAUCCUUGGAGAGUUUUGGCUCUGCUGGUCAAAGUCAGAACUGUGUUUUGUUGGUUCAGAUAACACUGUUGAGGAUUCUAAAGCUGCAGUCCUUGCUGACUUCUAGGUCAUCAUACCUAGGCCAACAUACCUAGCGCUUUAUGCUAAAAUCCUAUGCACAUUUGCUAUGGGAGUAAGCUCAAUUGAAUUCAAUAGGAUUUAUAACCAAGGAAACAACAUGCAUAGGAUUGGGCUGUGUGUAGUUACCCACAACAAUGAUGGGGAAUGGUUUGCAUGCAAGUCAAACAAAAUUGGUCCUUGUUAUAGAAACCACCCUCUGCAGCUUCCAAGCAUCUGGCUGGCUACCUUGAAUGUGCACUGAACAUGGUGGCAUUUUUGGCUUAGAACAAAUUGUAUGCCUAUUCCCACAAAUUAGGUCUAUUCAGGCAUGAGAUUUCUCAAGGUUUGGAUGUGGCCAUGAUUGAAUUUCUUAAAAUGAAUGUUAACUGAUGCUUGCCUCACCAUGCUGUGCAAGCUAAGAGUUUUCUACUUUUUCUUGGCUGCAGUAGCAAAUUUAGCUACAGAGCAUGUCUUUGACAUUUUAUGAAAUACCUAAUGUGUGUCAAUUUCAGUCUCCGUUGGUAUGACAACUUCUAGUUCUUCAGUAGCGAAAAGGUACUAAGUAUUUAGGUCAAUGCAACAUGCAUCUUUGAAGGGACUAAAUGCAGGUGCUUCAGCUUAGUUUGGUUUAGGAUUGCCAACUUGUUAACUAAGCCCUUGUUCCUGGGCUUUCUAACCACAGCUUGAUUAGCAGGUGAUAACACUUAUCCCCAUGUCUUCAAAAGCAUCAUCAUCUACUGGCUUUGUCGUAUUGAGUGACUGUGAAAGGCACAGGAGCAGGGCAGUCUUUUUCUCUCUGUUCAUUUGGCAACCUUAGCUGGUUGUACAUUGGGCUACCUACCAUUUCAGGAGCAAAAGAGCGGGGAGGGAGAGAAAAACGACACUUUGAACACUGGUAAUGGUACAGAAGCAGUCUUUCUGGAAAGCUUGUCUGUCAUUAUUGAUCAUUUCAUAGAAGAAGUGCUGAUAAGUUUCUGAGCAACCCCAUGAUUGCCAGAAUAUAGUUUUUGAAAACCACUGCCUUGGGUCAUGUCCACAGCAGAACUUUUCAGGUCUUGUGAGGUCAUUCAGUUCUUCUUGUUGAUUGGUGUAUGUAUGUGUGUAUAUAUGUAUAUAUCUGUUUGGCUUUAAGAUCAUGUCUCCUUUUUUUCCCUGUCAACUGAUGCUGUGAUGCUUAAAAAUCUUAUAUCUUUCGAUUUAACCUCAUUGUCUCUUACCCUUCUAGCCUAUUGCUAACACUGCAUAUGUAGCUCUGUUAAUGGGAUUUUUUUUCUGAUGGGAUUUUCUAAAGUGUCAUUUAGAUGGAAGAGGAGACAAGAUGUGAAUUAAUACGUGAAAUAGUUACAUUGCUUUGGGUUAUUUAUUGUUUACUUUGCAACCUAACUUAUUAAAAUUAGUGGGAAAACAAAAUAUACAUUUGAAUAAUUAAUUUUUGGAUGAGUUGGAUGGGCAACUAUACAGUUGCAUUCACAUAGUUACCUUGAGGAACUGUAAUUUCUGUCCACUAUUAUGGUGACCCAAAUUUUGUAAGGAGAAAAAACUGUGGAAAAAUCUUAUUUAGUAACAUUAAUAUAGCACAUAUUAUUUUUUAAAAAACUCUUUAAGGGCUGAAUUCCAUUAUAAGACAGUAAUGUGUUGCCCUCUUUGGGAAUAUAUUUUCUACACUGUAAUUGGUUGUAUGUCCUAUGUAGAAUGUUGGAAUCAUGCAUCCUGGAGUUUAUUAUGUUGUCAAAACUCAGUGGUUAGCAGACUUUCCCCACAGAGUUUAGGAAUUGUUUUUAUGCUGAGCAAACCUUCAAAGCAAUAAGCAUAGAAUGAAUUCAAGUGCUGAGGUGUAAAUAUCCGUAUUCUCAGUCCAGACACCAUGUAAAUUGCUCCAUAAAAUAAUUGAAAUGUUGUAUACUAGAUAUUGACAAGAAAGAUGGUCUUAAAUUACAGACUGAACUUGUGAGUGAGUAAACAUAAAAUCUUAGCUAUCACUUCCCCAAAAAUGCUUUGUUUCUGUCUUUGUCUUGGUGUAAAGACAUGUUGCUGGGUUUAAAAAAAAAAAAAACUUUAAUGAAGAAGCAAAUCAUCAUUAGCUGAUCCUGACACCAUUAAAGCCACCUAUGAAGAGCUGAAGCCAAACUGGAUGUGAUAUAAAAUGUAUCUUUGUUGAGUUGGGUUAACAUUAAAGUAAAUGUAGCGGCUACAUGGAAAUCCAAUCCAGAUCAAGACCACACUGCAUUAGAGAAGGCUCAUUCACACAAUCAUAAAUAGGGUAGGAAACACCUCGUACUCUAAUUCAGGAGCUGUGUGCAGUCGUGUUUGCCGAUUGUGAGAGAGCUAUAACCAAGGCUGGAGGCGCUAUCCAUGCUAAUCAGCUAAGCAGCAACUGGGUCCAAGGGCUCCUUCCUAUCCAGCUGCUGAAAGAAGCAGGAUGAAAAGUCCUCCAUCCCAGCUGCCACUCAGCAGUUGAGCAUGGACAGUGACUUCAACCUUGGUUUUAACUCACACAUGAUUGGCUCCUGAAUUAUGAUCAUGUGAAUUGCCCUAGAGUAUUUAACCUCUUGCUUCCACACUUUCCCCAUUGACACCCCCCCCCCUCCCUAAAGUAGCUAUGGGCCCCCUGAAAGGUGCUAUUGAAGCAAAUGGUCAUUCAGGGGCUCACAGCAGCUUGUGGCAGACACAUGUCACAGAAGUAAAGGGUUACCUAUCCCUACCUCUGUGCUGAACUUCCAGUCUGGAGACGGCUGCCACACAGCUGCUAUUUUUACAUUAAACUUGGCUCCAAACUAAAUGGGAUGUUAAGAACUUCAUUGUCUAAUUUUGCUCCUUAGUAAAUGAUGUCUUUUCAGUCCAUUUAAAUAUGAUAGUCAGUGCAAUCUUUUGUUAACUGGAUGUUGUUUUCUCUGCUUUAAUUUCCUGGGAGGGCCUGUAGCGCUACAAGUUUAGAGGUUUAAAAGGAUUUGUUCAGGUGGGGUUUGAUUGUAGUUGGGAGUGUUUUCAGUGGUUGGCAGAUAUGCUCUGUUUUGAGUUGUGGUCAUCUAGUAUCCCCACCUAGCUAUCUAGAUGUAGAUCUCCUUUGAUCUUGAAUGGUGGUUUUCAAACUUCCCACCUCAGGGAACCCUUUCUACUGUAACUCAUCUGCCUCUGAACCUCUGAGUGCCUGUCUUACAACUCCAGUGUGUUGCAAAUGAUUCCGGGAUAUAGUCUAGGGCAGGGCUGCACAACUCAAAUGCCCUGGUGGGCCAGAACCACCCACAACUUGGUGUGCAGGGGCCAAGGUCGGACAUUUAGCACAUGAUUACAUUAAAAUUAAAAAAUAUAUAUUAUUAGUUACUUGUGGAUCUACUCCGCCUUGUCAAUGGACCCAAAGUUUUAACCAGGGAUAGUGGCCAGAGAAUAGGUCCCAUCCCUGCUCAACCAGUGGGGCCCCUGGAGUGCAUGCCAGCCCCAAACAAAUACCAAGUCCUCUCCUCUCCCUAAGUUGUUGUUGCUUUCAGGCUGUAAUGCUAGGCUUGCUUACAUGGGAGUGAGCCUCACUGGGCACACUAUGGAGGAUAUUUCUGGGAAAGCAUGCACAGGAUGGUGCUAUAAGGCAGUUUCCUGCUCCUGUGUUGCUGCAGGAUACCUGGGGGCCAGUGAAAUAGUCCCUGCAGGCCUGGUCUAGGGCAUUGCGUCAAUUCAUGCAAGAUAUUGGUCAAGCCUGAUAAGCCACAAUGCCUUGCGUGAACUGAGAGUAUGCCCAAAGGUAUUCUCCUGCAGCUGUGCACUUCAGAGGAGGUAAACUGUCGUGAAGAUAAAUUUGUCUGUCAUUACUUAUGUGUGCAUUGAAGAACUCCUACAAAGCUUACAAUUGAUUUAGCAUGACAACUAUGGCUCUUGGUUUGAAUCUAAAAUGAGCCAGAUUUCAAAGAUGAUUUUCCUAGCACUGUAAUACUCUUAAGGAAGAAGCUUUGUGAUUGCGUGUGCACUUUGCUAUUCUGGAGUAAAGGAAUGACAUUUCUGCAGUGAACAAUGGUGUGAGAUGAGAUAACAUAAAAGCUCCCUUUAAAUGUAGUCAUUUGAAAACUAAGCAUGGCACCAGAAGUAGCAAAUGGAACUAGAAAGUAUGUCAUUUAUUCAUCUUGGGUGGCUUUUACUGAUGACAAGCAUCUCUCUGUAGCAUCCUUCUUGCAACUUAUUUUGGGUUCAAAGUUCAAAAGCACUUCUGAAAAAUUAACAUGGCCACAGAGAGAAACAGGAAUGGCUGUUUGUACAAAAACUGCUUUCCAAGUGUCAAGAAAUAUUGCUGUCUUUGUUCCUGACAGUGGCUCUGUGUCUUUAACACACAGACAGGCAGAAAUUCAACAAGUGAUUUCCCCAUAUAGAGGUUAUACCUGUUAAAUUUCUGUCUGCCAUGGAGCUGUUGAAAGGCACAGGUCCUCUUUCAAGAUGGCAACCCUAGAUGUCAUCUCCUGGUGUAUAUGACACAAUGGAGAAUAGCAAAAGGCAACUUCCUCCCACAAUCAAAUAUUUGUUUUUCCAAUUUGUCUUUUCAUGGAGGAUUUUAUUAACUAAUUAAAGGGCAUAUAAAAAUGGGAAGAAAGUUAGCUGUUCCUUUUUCAUAGAGCAGAGUUGUUGGAUGUGUCCAGCAGGGAAGAUGCCACGGAAUGGGGGUGCUAAAGGUAAACAAAGGUUAAGUUAUGUGUGGGGCAUGCUACAUUAUGGAAUGAUGCAAGCUAGAAAUGGAGUGUAGUGUCAUUUACCUUGACUUGUUGCAUCUUUUUGAGAUUGAUUCAUGUUUUAUCUUCUAGGAAAAUACCCUGUUUAAAAAUUACCACUGCUGUGCUAAAAACUCUAAAUCUGCUCCUACUAUAAUUUUAGAGGUAGGCAUGCAAAAUUGUUAAUAAGCAUAUUAAUACAGUUUAUGACACACAACCAAUUUCAUCAGACUUGCAUAUUGCACUGUAUUUGAGAGUCUUUGGGAACAAAUGUGCAUGACUGGUCAAUGCUUCUCUCAUUCUGAGCAUUGUCUGUAAAAAGAAAAACAAUGGGUAGUAUGAUUCGACCGUAUCUUCAUUAGUAUUUGGCUAAAGUGAUCUUUGGGGAAAAUGAUCAGACUUCUACCAGACCUGAAACGGAGCACUAAACGUUUCAUCAGACUGGUCUUUUGUCUGUCUUCAGAAUAUUGUAGUGUGAUUGUGUGUCUGUGUCUGACAGAAAAUGUGACUUUAAGCAGUGCAUGGUUUGCUGAAAUCUGUAUUCAGACCUCUCCUAAACAAAUUAAAAAUAUAAAAUCUGA